AUGGCGUCUCAACUUGCCAUAGAUAGGGAUGAGGACGGCGAAGAUGACAUCUCAGUCACAUCCACAGCAGCUAGUGAGCCACGGGAAGAGUAUAAUAUCACGGGAGUGCUUGCGGAGAGGAUAGCUGACAAUGGAGAACUUGAAUACCUUGUCAGUUGGGAAAACUACCCAAUCCAUAGGUCAUCCUGGGAGCCAGCUGAGAAUUUCGGAGAUCCCGAAACCACAUUGAAAGAAUGGAACGAGAAGAAAGAGGCUAUCAAAAAAGGGACUGAGCCCAAAUUCGACCUUGUUGCCUUUGAAAAGCUUCUCGUAGAGGUAGAGACGGCCACCCUACGCAGGAAGCGGAAACGAAGACUGAAGCGGAUGCGUCUUGGACUGGCUUGUGGAAAUGAAUCUGAAGAUGCUAGCGUAAAGCACCGCAAGACAGCAGAUGGUGUCAGAAAUGAUUGCAGCAGUAGCAGUAGCGAUGAGUCUACCAAGGACAGCUCUCCUGCCUCUAGAAAGGAACGAGCUAGGCUCCUGCCAAAGGAGAAAUCUACGCCUGCUCGGAAGUCAUCAGUGGGUGCAACGAGUAACUUGGAUGCAGGUAACGGUCGAACAUUCAAGACAGCGCUGCGCAAGGCAUCUCAACCCGCAAAGCAAUUGAAAAUACCCCCUUCGUCUGCGCCAAAAUUACCCCAGACGGCACCUCCGCCUAUAAAGGUCCCCGUGAAAGUUGGCCAUAGGCUUCCUAUCAGGAAUCCUCCUACCCAUAUUGAGCCUCCACAGAACGGGGAACAAGCAGUGCAGUCAUCAACACAAAACUCACCCAUCAGCAUGCCUCCGAAAAAGUCAGCAUUUCCUUUUGCUCGCUCAACUGCUCGUAGAGGUGGGCCUACCGCGGUGGCUACGGGGAGGCGAGAGUCCCAGAAGCCACCUAGUGACGGGCGCUUUCGAACCAUUUCCACGCAGCGGAAACACUACAAGAUGUCUCGGGCCGAAAGGGCCCCCGAUAUAUCUCAACUUGACCUUCGGCCUCCCAGCGAAUGGCUGACAGCUACAGGGAGGUCAACCCUCCCGGAAAGACUAAUGGCUAGAAAACGCCCCAGAUCACCCUCACUGUCACCACGGGUAGAAGACUUAUUUGUUGUGCAAGACGAUGACCAGAAUUCUACUUCGAAUCUCUCGGCUGCUGAGCCUCCCAAGGAUUCAAAUAACACCGGCACCCCCAAGCCUACUCUACAAGGACCUGUAAAGUCUCCAGAACUACAUACAGCUCAGAUUCCAAAGAUCCACCCUAAGUCAGUAUCAGCGCAGCCGCAGCAGCAGCGAGUUUCAGCAUUCUCAGAGUCACCCAAGAAGCCCCCUUUACCAGUGCUUUAUCGAAUUGAUUCGCAUGGAAUCUCACCUCGUAUGGGUGAAUAUGGCGACGAUUCACGUACUUCUGAGCUCCCCCAGUCCAAUAUGCGAAAUGUGGAUACGAGAAACUCAAGAAAUGCACCCUUACAGGAUUCUACCCAUGAGUUCCAGGGCAAUAGGAUUACCGGUAUAUCACCCCUCACUGGAUAUAAGCGCUCAUGGGACAAUGGGGAUGUUAUGGUCCAUCUUGUGUUUAGUGUACAAGCAAUGUCUAUUGGAGAUGUACGCAUUGUCGGUCUUCCUAGUGCAACUAAGCAUGCGCUCCUUUCACUCAAAAAGGACAAACAAGUUAUUAUCAAUCUUGGACAAGUUUGCUCCCCGGAUCAGUAUCACCAGCUGAGGCCUACUUUAUUUGACUAUGGGCAUAUCUUGCCCUUCGAGGAUACAUCUAGUGAAGUGGAUAACUUGGCAGAGUAUUUAUUCAACAAACGAUCGGCUGCAGUCUGGAAUUCUCCAAUCUCAGGCUACAGCCGUAACAUAGUUGUCUACCCAUCUGAAGCUCGUGAAUGGAGGUUCCUUAAUGCAAACCGUUCUUGUCCCUUGUCCGCCCAUCUUCGGCUUGUCGUUACAAGUCUUUUUAAAAUCCCAAAUUCUGGGAAACCACAUCCACUACCACCACUACUCCCUCCGCCCCCUCCGCCCCCUCCGCCUACUCUUCCAAAUGCAGUACCUUUAGUUGAACGGUCGACCAAGGACACAGUAGAAUUUCUAAUUGGUGGAGUGCGCCCACAGAUAGCCACCAGCACUGCUACCGAUACGCCAAAUUUGCUUCCUUUACGUGAACCUCCUCGUGGAAUACCACUUACAUCACAUGAAUCGCUUCCAUUGCAAGCAUCAUCCUCAUCACAAGAAGCCACUCCAAAACCAUUACCCAAGAGAACCCGUGAUUUAGAUGUUGUAGCCUAUUUUAAAAAUCACUAUGGGAUCUCUUUUGAGCAAUUAACUCUUACACAGAAACACAAAAACAUUAAACACGUGUUUUAUCUUCUAUUUCCUUCAGAAAUGGCGGAGGAACGUGAGCUAGUUCAGAAUUUCUUACGCUUGAACAGAAUACUACCUUAUUCCCAUGAGACCCGGGGAGACUGGGACAGGUUUGUAAAGGAAGUGACCGAACCAACGGAAGAAACGCAAGGUGUAAUACUUUCUCACCAAAAGUUCAAAGCCUAUGACUGUAUGCCUAAGCUUCAAAUACUCCUUCACCAUCAAGCAAUUAUGUUCUCAAUAUCAUUAGCGCGCCCAAUUAAAUGGGUAGAUGAUAAUCCUCAUAUUUUACGCUUAUUCCCUGAUGGCUGCGUGAUUCUUAUGACGGAAGAUUUCAUCCUUCAUGACUGCAAGAAUGCGUUAAAGGUGGUGGAAUGGAUUUAUUCCAAUUUUUGGGAUAAUAAUGUCAAGCAUGGCCCAAAGCUAUUUUUUCGCCCAAAUAUACGGGAUUGGCUACAUGAGCUAUGGCCAACAUGGCAUGAUGAGAAUCUGUAUCAUUUCUCUUGCUUCGUCAAUGCUCUCAUACCCGACUCUACCGGUGGGCAGUACAGUACAUAUAGAGAAGCGUCUCCGGAGAGCUUAGAUGGCGAAACUGAUGACGAAGGCCAACAUCAUGUCAUCAUCUCUACCUGUCAUUUACCUGGUUAUGGUUCCAGAUCAGAACAAGACCAUCCAAAUAUACCCAAGGGCUUGACGCAAGAGGAGCGAAACAUCGAUCACCUAGUUGAAUAUUUCGCAGGCUGGGCGAUCACGAAUGUCGAAAAUUUCAGAUAUUUCCCUGUGCUAACCCAUCGUGUACUCCAACCUCGAUGGAAAAACUGGAGCCAUGUUGAAGUAUUUAAUUACACGGAGUUCUAUUCCAGGUACAUGAAGGCCGAUAUUGAAGCCGCUGCUGAGCCCACCCAAAUCAGAAUGGCCAACGUCGACCUAUGA